AUGCCGGACCCGGAGCAGCGACGUCGCAUGGAUGAAGAGGCUCGUCGUAUUCGGGAAAUGCAACGGCAGCGCGAAGAAGAACAGAACCGCCGGGAACAAGAAGCUUACAAUGCUUCGCUCCCUAAAACACGCACGCCUAUUGCACAGCAGGAACUAGGUGGAUAUGGAGGUGGUCGAAGUGAACCGCCCAACAAUCGCUUUAACCCAUCCCGCCCGGCCCCAAGCAUUCCUACUGACCGGAGUCGUCAGCAGCCUCCGGGAUCUCUAAGACAAAUAACUCCGCAACGGCCUGCACCAUCUACUCCCAAGUCUGGUACAACGAUGCACGGUACACGGACUGCAGAAACCAAUAAUAUCCAAGGAUCGCUUCGGGCAGCUCCACGGCCAGACCAGUCCCGUCAGCCAGGACAAGAUCGAUAUUCCCCCGAGAAGCGACCAAACCUCAAUUCUCCAGGCCAACCUCCAAGCCGUCUUCCAGCACCUGUACAGCCGGUUAAGCCUCUCAAUAUUGCAAACAAAACAACUGGUGCCCAAACAAAAGCCAUUCCUGAUGGUGUUCGUCAAGCAGAAGCUACUCUGAACAAGAAAGCUGAGCCCCGUCACAAGGACAUUCGAAUGUCUACUAUGUCAGAAGGUGAAGUUAUGGAGAGACUCAAGCAAGUUGUAUCCAAGGAUAACCCAAGUGAAUCAUAUAGUAAACAGCGUAAGAUUGGUCAGGGUGCCUCGGGAUCUGUAUAUGUGGCUCGAAUUAAGGAGACAGCUACAUCACCCGUCGCGCGUGAACUAUAUCGCACACAUGGCCCGCGAGCCCAAGUUGCCAUCAAGCAAAUGGAUCUCAAGAGCCAACCACGCAAGGAGCUCAUUGUCAAUGAGAUCAUUGUGAUGAAGGACAGCCAGCACCCCAACAUCGUGAAUUUCCUGGAUUCAUUUCUGCAGGAACAAAACAAUGAGCUUUGGGUUGUGAUGGAAUAUAUGGAAGGCGGUGCGUUAACUGAUGUGAUUGAAAAUAACCCCGUUAUUCAAGAAGAUCAGAUUGCAACAAUUUGUUUCGAGACUUGCAAGGGGCUUGCACAUUUGCACAGCCAGUCAAUUAUACAUCGUGACAUCAAGAGUGAUAAUGUUCUGCUUGACCGUGUUGGGAAUGUGAAAAUUACCGACUUUGGUUUUUGUGCUAAGCUCACCGAAUCAAAAAGCAAGCGAGCAACGAUGGUGGGAACGCCAUACUGGAUGGCUCCAGAGGUCGUUAAACAAAAGGAGUACGGGCCACGAGUCGAUAUCUGGUCCCUCGGUAUCAUGGCAAUUGAGAUGAUUGAGUCGGAACCACCGUAUUUGAACGAAGAACCCCUGAAGGCACUAUAUCUAAUUGCCACCAAUGGAACCCCGCGUCUUAAGAAACCAGAAAAACUGAGCAAGGAUCUGAAGUCUUUCCUUAGCGUCUGCCUCUGUGUCGAUGUGCGGAGCCGUGCUUCUUCUGACGAGCUACUGCAGCACGAGUUUCUCAAAAACGGUUGCAGUUUGGCUAGCCUUGCAGAGUUGCUGAGGUUUAAGAAGAAUUCGGCUCAGUAG